AAACAUAAAUAUAACCAAAACGUCUAGUACCGAUGUCCAGUGCUGAUCGUCGUUCAUUAUCUAAUUCUUACAACAAACGUGCAAUUCAUGAAUUUGAUCAAUAAUUACAGCUAUUGCACUCACUGCCAGGAGGCGUUCAUGAAGAAAGCAAGAGCCCUGACAUGAAAAACAAUGAGAAUAACAACUACUUGCUGAAAGUUUUUCAGUUUCUGUAUUGGGUCAACAGAUUCAGAGCUGCAGAAGGGGAUAAAGGAGCCGUAAAUUUAGGCUGGAAAAACUGGAAAAAACUUUCAGGAGAAGCGUGGAAAGAAACUCCAACUGUUAUUUCCAAAGAAAGUUCACUCUUGAUCCUGAAGGCACGUCGAAAAACCAAAACCAAAGCAGAUUUCAAAAGAAUCCUGAGUAAAUGUAGACAUUACCUGUCAACGUUCAAUUGGACAUUGGGCAGACACGGCUCAUUAUCUCAGCAAAUUAUGAAAAUCUCGUGAUGCUCCACAUGGAGUCUAUUAACUCGAUGGAUUUACGAUGCAGUAUUCUUCACCAAUUUGCAGAUUUUUAUCCUGAGGGCGAAUGUCGGAGAUGAGACAUUUAUGUCUCAAGAGCUUCUCCUUGAAUUGCCUCGUCACACCCUCUUUACCUUUGAUCUUGCAACGAAGGGGGAUGAAGGAAAUAAAAAAAGGAGAUUAUGCUUCGGGAAUCUCAAGGGUAAAGGGUGACAGUCGUGCCGAGGACACCGGCAGAGCAACUCAUACCGGAAGUAAAAGUCAAGUGAAGGAUAUGUCGAGCCUCGAAAGGGAUAGAUUGGGUCAGCCUGGCCCAGGGGACGCCAUCACCCCCAAUCUCGUCCGGGGACUAGAUCACAUCCGGAAUCCCCAGCUGAAUAAGGGAAUGGCCUUCAGUCUUGAGGAGAGACAGACACUGGGAAUUCAUGGACUUCUUCCGGCUGCUGUGAAAACGCAGGAAGAACAAUUGGAACUUUGCAGACUUAAUUUGGACAGAUAUACUGAUGAUCUGUCGAAAUAUAUUUACCUCACCGGCCUAUUAGACAGGAAUGAGCGACUGUUCUAUCGCCUCCUGAGUGAGAACGUGGAGAAGAUGAUGCCGCUGGUGUACACCCCAACAGUAGGCCUAGCUUGUCAGAAAUUCGGGCUAAUCUACAGAAGACCUCGUGGUCUUUUCAUCAGCAUCCACGAUAAGGGGCACGUAUACGAGGUAGUGAAGAACUGGCCUGAGCAUGAUGUUAGAGCGGUCGUAGUAACUGAUGGCCAGAGAAUUCUGGGUCUCGGUGAUCUCGGUGCCCACGGCAUGGGCAUCCCCAUCGGUAAAUUAUCCCUGUACACAGCACUGGCUGGUAUCAAGCCCCACCAGUGUCUCCCCAUUACUUUGGACGUUGGGACCAACAACGAGGGAUUACUCGAGGAUCCUCUCUACAUCGGGCACAAGCACAAACGUAUCACGGGGGAGGAGUACGACGAGUUCCUGGAUGAGUUUAUGCAGGCAAUCGUCAAGCGUUAUGGACAAAACACUUUGAUACAGUUCGAGGACUUUGGAAAUUCCAAUGCAUUCAGACUUCUCCAAAAAUACAGGGAUGCGUAUUGCACGUUUAAUGAUGAUAUUCAAGGGACUGCUUCGGUUGCUGUUGCUGGACUACUUUCGGCACUCAAGAUUACCAAAACCGAACUGUCGAAGAAUACUAUUGUGUUCCAAGGGGCUGGAGAGGCUGCACUGGGUAUUGCAGAGCUCUGUGUACAAGCAAUGAAGGAGGCGGGUGUGUCCGAGAAGGAAGCGCUAAAUAAGAUCUGGAUGGUGGAUUCAAAAGGACUGAUAGUGAAAAAUCGUGCGUCCGGAGGUGUAACAGAGCACAAGGCUCGUUUUGCCCGAGAGCAAGACCCGAUUGACACUCUGGUGCAAGUGGUCAAGGGGGCGAAACCCUCAAUACUGAUAGGAGCUGCCGCUAUCGGUGGAGCAUUCACCCAAGAGAUCCUUGAGGACAUGGGCAAUUUCAAUGAGAAGCCGAUCAUAUUUGCUCUGAGCAAUCCAACCAGCCAGGCUGAGUGCACUGCCGAGGACGCCUACAAAGCCACCAACGGACGUGCCAUUUUCGCCAGUGGAUCACCCUUCGAUCCAGUCACCAUUGAUGGGAAGACUUACCAUCCUGGACAGGGCAAUAACAGUUACAUCUUCCCAGGUAUUGCUCUGGGAGUUAUCUGCGCUGGGAUGAAGACCAUUCCUCAGGAGACUUUCCUCAUUGCGGCUAAGGCCCUUGCGGAAAUUGUCACUGAUGCUGAUCGAGAAUCGGGAAAUGUUUACCCACCGCUACAGGAUAUCCAGAAGUGUUCCACUAAAAUUGCGGUCGAGGUUAUGGCUUAUGCGUACAGAGAAUCUCUAGCGACUGUUCAUCCAGAGCCAGAAAACUACGAAGACUUCAUAAAAGCACAAUUGUAUGACACGACCUACAAAACAGCCCUGCCAGUCACCUACUCGUGGCCUAAACUCUGAGCACAAUUUUCUUUUCAACUCACGAUGGACGGCUCCUAAACCUCGAGAUUCAUCAACCACUCCCUGAAUUUUUGUGAUUUUUUUAUUGAAUAAUGGAGUAUUUAAACAUGAUAAACGAAAGUAUGAGGAUAAGUUUAAGGAAAUUCUAGAUGGUGAUUCACUUAUUUAUGUUGUACAAAAUGGAAUAAAUAUAUCAACUAUUUGUUGAAGAGAGCAUUA